GUUGUAGAACUAACUCAACGCCUAGGAAUCCCACUCAACAACUUCAGCAAAGACUCUCCUGAGGGUUCCAUUGCUUCUGAUCACACGGCAGCGACAGAAGAGGGAGAUCGCUGUCUGGCAAACGACACAGCAAGUGGCCCUGCAACAGAUGCCCUCCUGGCUGGGAUUGAUGGACAACUACUCAUCGCCAACCAGCUUCGUCACUUGCUCAACACAUCCAUGGAGCAGUAUACCCAAUUGCUUAAUCAG